ACGACAUAAGGCAUCUCUAUUUAGGAAAGAGUAAAACAUGGAGACAAGAAAAGAAUAAGCCAAAGUAUGCAAAGUCGGAAUAAAAAUCCAUAUAGUUAUUCGACCAAUAUACCUAACUCUCUCAUUUCAAUAAUUUGCAACCCCAGUCUAUUUCUCGUAUCCUUGCUAAUUUUGAAUCUUCGCAAACAUUGGAGAGGUGAUCAUACUGCUCAGUGUGGAAAACUAGCCAGGGGGGGAAGAUCCACUUCCGGCCACUUCCAUAUAACACCGAGGGAAUUGUGGGUCGCACACGUUUGUUAAUUUGCAUGGAACAAAAAUAUAAUCCGAAGAUUUAAUUGGAAGAGGGAGGACAGUGGUAUGAGGUCUUCAAAAUCUCUCAGGUAGAUUCCAUUUUCAUCAAUGAUAAAAUGCUCCUAAAAGAUUUGGAAUCCCGUAGAUUUGAAUCUUUGUCAUCUUCUGCUGCUUAACUCAGCUGAAGAACAAACAAAUGAUCAAAACUGAGUAUCAUUUCAGUGUGGAAAACUAGCUAGGGGAGAUCCACUUGCGGCCACUUCCCUAUAUCACCGAGAGAGAGCCUCCCCAUUGUGGAUUGCACACGGUUGUUAAUUUGCACGGAACAAAAAUAUAAUCCGAAGAUUUAAUUGGAAGAGGGAGGACACUACUAUGAGGAGUUCAACAUCUCUCAGGCAGAUUCCAUUUUCAUCAAUGAUCAAAUGGUCCUGAAAGUUUUGGAAUCCCGUAGAUUUGAAUCUUCGGAAAGUUUUGGUCUUCCUUCAUGCCCGACUGGUUCUCUUAUGUGUCUUCACCAAAAAUAAUGAGCCUCUUCAAAUGCAAAUGCAGCAAUCUUCACAUUAGCAUCAAAUUCUCAUAGCACAAGCUGCGGAGAUUACAAUCUCUACUAUUCUACUCCUGGUUCUCAUCGACUGUUAGGUAGCAGUAGCUUUCCAAAUCUCCUACAAGACAGGCGAAGAGAGAGGUUAUAAUGGCGGAGGCUGCAGUGGGCUUUGUUAUUAACUACCUCACCCCAUUGCUGAGAGAAGAGGUAAGGUUGCUUAGAAAUGUUCACUCUGAAGUUUUGGACAUAAAAAAUGAGCUACAGAGCAUCAAAUAUUUCCUCAAGGGUGCAGACAUGAAGGCCGAAACUGAAGAUGACACUGUCAGAGAAGCUGUUAGAGCAUGGGUGAAACAGCUAACCCAAGUUUCGUUUCGUAUAGAAGAUGUGAUUGAUGAUUACAUAUUUCACUUGCCACGACAUCCUCGCCGCGGUGGCUUCAUUGCCUCCCUCUAUAAGUUUGCUGGCUGCAUCAUCACACUAAAAGUACGUCAUCGGAUUGCAUCUCAUAUACAACACAUCAAAGUAGAAGUUCGUCAAAUCAAAGAUAGAAGAGAAAGUUGUGGCAUUGAUUCCAUUGAGGAAGGAUCUACAACUACUUCAGCUGCUUCAUGGAACAACCCUCGACAACGGGCCCUUUAUCUUGAGGAAGAUGAACUUGUGGGUAUUGAAUCUCCACGGGCUAAAUUGAUUGAUUGGUUGGGAGAUAAACAAGUAACUCAACGAACUGUGAUUUCAGUGGUCGGGAUGGGGGGUUUGGGCAAGAGUACUCUUGCUAAAAAGGUCUAUGAUUCAGUCAAAAAAGAGUUUGAAUGCCAUGCUUGGGUAACAGUGUCUCAGCCAUGCCAGAAGAAGCAGCUAUUAAAGAACAGCAUCAAGAAAUUCUACGAGGAAAAGAAAGAACCUACUCCUCAGGGAAUUGAUGAAAUGGAUGAGCAGACGCUGACUACAAAAUUAAGAGAUUACUUGCUGAAGAAAAGGUAUGUUGUGAUAUUCGAUGAUGUUUGGAAAGUAGAUUUCUGGGGGGAUAUAGAAUAUGCUUUGCCUGAUGAUGAAAAUGGAAGUAGAGCAGUGAUCACAACACGAAAUAUGGACGUUGCAAACUUCUGCAAAAUUUCACCAUCUUUUCGUGUCCAUGAAUUACAGCAUUUGCGUGAUGAUAACCCUUGGAAACUUUUUUGCAAAAAGGUUUUUCAGCUUGAUUGUGGUGGACAAUGUCCACCCCAUUUAGAGCAGCUGUCUCGUAAAAUUGUUGAUAAAUGCGAAGGGCUGCCACUUGCUAUUGUAGCCAUAGCUGGUCUUCUCAAAACAAAAUACAAGACAACAGUUGAAUGGCAAAAAUUGCAUGAUAGCCUUAGUUCAGAGAUGGAUAGUAAUCUUCAUCUUACAAGCAUAGGAAAAAUCCUUUCUCUUAGUUAUUUUGAUCUACCUUACCAUCUUAAAUCUUGCUUCUUGUACUUUGGCAUGUAUCCGGAGGCCUAUUUCAUUAGAUGUUCAAGGUUAAUUCGACAAUGGAUUGCUGGAGGAUUUGUGAACCAGAAAAAGGAUAAAACAUUAGAAGAAGUUGCACUUGAGUAUUUGACAGAACUAAUACAUAGAAAUCUGGUUCAAGUGUCCUGGGUAGACUGUAAAGGAAGAAUCAGAAUUUGUCGCAUCCAUGAUCUCUUGCGUGACGUUGCUCUCAAAAAGAUGGAAUCAAGUUUUUUUUGUCAUGUUGUGGAUCGAAAUGAGUCCGCUUUGAAAGGAGAUAUAGUAACUCGACGCCUAUCAAUUGUCAACAAUUCAUGCACUAAUGUUCUUCAAGAUGCAUAUCAAGUUUCUCAAGUUCGCAUUAUUUUGAAUUUCAACAUUGAUCAGAGUCAGACACUGCUAAACUAUAUUUUUAAUCCAGGUACAUUGGCAAAGAAUUUCAAGCUUCUAAAACUUUUAGAUUUUGAAGAUGCUCCAAUAGAUUCAAUUCAUGAAGAUAUUGGGAACUUAUUUCAUUUAAGAUAUUUGAGUCUUUGAAACACCAAAGUAAGGAGGCUACCAAGGUCCAUAGGGAAAUUGGUAAAUCUUGAGACUCUGGAUCUAAAGCAAUCAUUUGUGUCUGAGAUACCUACUGAGAUCAGAAGGCUUCACAAGCUGCGACAUCUCUUAGGAUACAAUCUUGACUUUACCAUGCGUUUUUGCAUAGCUGGAACGAAAGGAAUAAAACUAAAAGAAGGAUUUGGGAGCUUAGAAUCCCUUCAAAAGUUACGUGAGUUGGAUGUACAUGAGAUGGGAGCUGAGGUAAUUGAAGAGCUGGGAAAGUUGACGCAGUUGAGGAGGUUGGGCAUCCGUAAUCUCAGAAGUGAACAUGGAAGGAUUUUGGGAGGGUGUAUUGAGAAGAUGAGCCACCUGGAAUCUUUGGAAGUAACUGCAACGAGUGAAGAUGAUAUGAUCGAUUUAGAAAGCAUGUCUUCUCCACCUCAAUUUCUCCAAUGUCUCUGCCUAAGUGGGCGUUUAAUGAAGUUGCCAGAAUGGAUCAAGGAACUUCAAAAUCUGACAGCAAUAUACUUUAUUUGGUCAAAAUUAGAAGAUGAUCCGAUUCAGAAUUUGAAAAAUCUGCGAAACCUAUUGGUACUCUGUAUUCAGCAUGAUGCAUAUGUUGGUGAUGAAUUGCAGUUUGAGAAGGGGAUGUUCCCAAAACUGAAGGCGCUCGAUCUCAGGUAUUUGAGUGGACUGGAAAGGGUGGUAAUAGACGAAGGAUCACUUGUGAAUCUUGAAAGCCUCGACAUUGGACCCAUUCCACAAAUGAAGGAGGUCCCCUCCGGUAUCCAACAUUUGAAAAACCUUCAAUAUCUUUGCUUUUAUGAUAUGUCGGAGGAGUUCGAGGAUAGUAUGCUUCCAGAAGGAGGACAACACUAUGAGAUCGUUCAACAUGUACCUAAUGUUGGCAUCACUUAUACGCGCGAUGGAGGAAAAUUUGAAACUUUCCGUUUGUUCUGAUUUUGUCAAUUGGAAGAAAUAAAUUAAGUCCUACGUACUUGUCAGGUAAAAUAAUUGAGAGCUUUCAACUCUAUAUGUACAAGUGGCCUGGCAGUACCGCUACUACCUUGCUGCUUGGUGGAUAUCGUCUCACUUCUCCAAGCUCGUUUAAUUGUUUUGCUGUGCUCAGUAAUAAUACAAUUUCCAAUAUAUAUGUCAACUCCAAGUGUUGCCCUCCCCUUGCCCUUUAAGUUUGAAGUGAUGUUUAUUGACUUAUGUUUAACCUUACUUUCAAACAAUUUGCUAUCUUUCAGUGCCUAA